AACAGUCCUAUCCGCGACAUUUCCGGAAGUUGUCCAACACGAUUUUUUUUUGUGUAACAACACCGUUUCCUGAUCGUCUGAGUUAAUUUUCAAGUCAUUCCCUCCUGAAAAUCAGGCUUGUGCUUGAGAUAUAGAUCUACAGCAGUACAGUGCGCAUUGUUGACACGCGUUGUGUGCUAUGGUCAUGCUUAUGAAACAGUAAAUGUAGAAGGCGUGUUAUAUCAGUCGGUGUAGUCACGGUCAGAAGACUCCAGAAUGUCUUUUUACAGAAACGCUGUUUGGUUUGUGAAAGGUCUGCAGGAAUAUACAAGGGGUGGCUAUGAAGCAGCAGCAAAACAUUUUGUAGCUUCUGAUCUGGAUGUGGACGUAAGUGGCAGGUCUUUUAUUAUCACCGGUGCCAACAGUGGGAUCGGGAAAGCGACCUCUCUGGAAAUAGCUAAACGAGGUGGUACAGUGCACCUGGUGUGUCGGAAUAAAGAUCGUGCGGACGAGGCGAGGAAGCACAUUGUAGAGAUGAGCAAAAAUGAGAACGUGCAUGUGCAUAUUGUGGACAUGUCAAGCCCCAGAGGAUUGUGGGAGUUUGCCAACUCGUUCACUCAGAACCACAGUGUGCACGUGCUGAUCAACAACGCUGGGUGUAUGGUGAAUCAGCGAGAGUUGACGGAGGAUGGCUUGGAGAAAAACUUUGCCACCAACACACUUGGAACAUUCAUCCUGACCACAGCGCUGAUUCCUGAGCUUAAAAAGUCCCAGGACCCAAGAGUGAUCACUGUAUCGUCAGGAGGAAUGCUGGUUCAGAAACUCAACCUUGAAGAUCUGCAGUUUGAAAAAGACACUUUUGAUGGAACCAUGGCUUACGCACAGAACAAGAGGCAGCAGGUGAUAAUGACAGAAGUUUUGGCGCAUCAGCACAAAGAGAUUCAUUUCUCAUCCAUGCACCCAGGUUGGGCCGACACGCCAGCGGUGCAGUCGUCCAUGCCAGAUUUUCACGCAAAAAUGAAGGACAGAUUACGCACAGAAGCACAAGGAGCUGACACUGUGGUGUGGUUAGCUGUGUCUGAUGCGGCUGUGAAACAUCCCAGCGGCCUCUUCUUCCAAGACAGGACACCAGUGGCCACACACCUGCCUCUAGCCUUUACCAGAUCAUCUUCUGAGGAGGAGAACAAGCUCAUGAAUACGCUGGAGCAGCUCAGCACACAGUUCAAGCCGCGCCUUACUUCAGGUCUCUAAAGAACAACAAACACUCAACUGGAUACAAAAUUGAAUCUGUGUUGUAUGAUCACUAAUCAAAAAUUAUUGAAUUUAUAUUUCUCAAACACAUUUUAUUAAUAACUCUAAAUAACAGUCAAAAUGGUGGAUUAAAAAUGUGUUGUUAAAAGCUGUAAGGUUUCCUGUACCAAGAACAAACAAAAUUCACUAUUAUGAAUUAUCACUACUAUGAUUAUUUUCCUGUCCAGCACAGAGAUUUAGAGCCUUGUUUACAAUAUGUUUUUUUUUUUUAAUUAACCACAUUGACCACAUUAACAAACUCACUCCAUGACAAACUUACAAAUUAAUAUGAAAUUGUUUACAUUUUGCGUUCUGCAUAAAUCUUGCUUGGUUUACUGUGAAAAGUGUGAUACCGAUACCGUAGUUCUGCCUUUUAUGCCUUCUUUUAAAUUAAUAAUAAUUAAUUCCACAAUUCUGAAGGAAAUGCAAAUAAAAACUUUAUUCUCUCAAUUUCAACAAGUUGUUUCACAGUAACUGGUCUCAUAAACAGAAAACACAUUACUCAAAUUAACAUUAACACAUGAACUAAAUUCCGAAGAUUAAACUAAGAUUUCUUAACAUAUUGAGUGUUAUUAAUUCAUAUUAACAUGAACUUUUUUAUAUAUUAACAUUAACUGGAUAUGAAAUACACUACUCUACAACUAUAUUUUUCUGUGCAAUAUAGACUUUUUUGUCAACUCAUCUUCAUUUAAAUCUUUCAACGGUGUACUGGUCCUUUAAUUCAGCGCGAACAGCGCAGCAAAAAAAAAAAAAAAUGAUUCGACACCGAAACUCCCAUUUCACUGCUGCUCACUUCUGGUGUAAAAUUUUAGCAGUGCAGAGCUUACAGAGCUUACAAACUGCAGUUUUGUCAUCAUUCCACACAAGAGACAUCUUUACACACAGCACAAAAUCGAUGUUUUCCCGCCCCAUUUGAUUGACAGCAUAUAAUCAGCCCUGAUCAUCAGAUGUUUUUAAACUAUCGGCCGAUGGCCCAUAGUGUGAAAAAUAGCCUUGAUCGGCCGACACUAAUUAUCGGCUGAUACAUCAGUGCAUCUCUAAUAGAAACCCAAGCUCUGUUGGAUCAAACCCAGGACCAUUCAGCAGUGAAGCAGCAACACUACCCACUGCACCACCCUGUAAAACCUUUCACCUUGGAUAAUUAAUUAUUCAGGGUGGCAUGUUGUUGGUUCGAUCCUGAGCUCAGGUUAACAAUUUCAUUCCAGGAUAUAUAUAUUUUUAUCGUUUUUUGUUUUUAUCUAAAAUGAUGUAAAUCAUAUGCAAGACCAGUUUAUCCGAUCUUUAUCCAAUAGUUUGGGUGAGUCUGUGCCCACUGUAGAGUCAGAUUCCUGUUCCCGUCGUGGUCAGUUGGAACCAGUCUGGCCGUUCUCCUGCGACCUCUCUCAUCAACCAGGCAUUACGACCCACAGACCUACUGCUCACGGGAUGUUUUGUGUUUUUCGUACCAUACUGUGUAACCUCUAGAGACUGUUGUGUGUGAAAUUCCCAGGAGAUCAGCAGUUUCCAUUCCUAUAUAAAAGUUUUAUCAUUUUGUCCCAUGCAAAAGAACUACAUUAAAUCUAUAAUCAAUUUGU